CAAACGCGGAUACCUAGCUUCCCCGACGUCACAACCCAGUGAUACCCCUCAUCCCACUGUCUUUCGCUUGCACAGAUUUCAGCCAAAGCCCCCUUGUGAAAAAUGGCCGCUGCUACCGUUAACGGAGUGACCCGCCCCACAUGGCAGGAAAAACUUCAAGAUUAUUGCAAGCUGUCACAGCUGCCGGAGCCGGUUUUCAGCCUCGUAUCGGACCGCCGAGGAGGUCGAACCGCCUGGUCGAGUAGUGUGACCAUCCAGGGUACGAACUUCGCUGCUCGCUAUUUCUACGACGGCCAAUACCUCCACAAUGCCAAAGAAGACGCCGCCGAAGUUGCGCUCACGUGUCUGAACUCGCAAUUGUCAGCGCCGCUCUCUACCACCCUGCCAGGACAGCUUUACACUCAAAACCAACAGGGGAACACACACAGCCGAUCCAACCGGCCUUCCUAGUUGCAAGGCACCGUCGCCUUGACACGGCUUCUUCUAGUACAAACUACGUCCCACCACCGCAUUUCUUUCGUGAUUACGUCUCGGCGAGAUAUCGUCAUUACAGCUCCAUUACCUUUCCAUAACUUCCUCCCCGAUGAUCGAUUUUCUAGACAUAUCACCAUGACGUCUCGUCGCGGCGUAACUUCACAUGUACCUCCCUCUAUCCUUUUCUUCCUCUUCUUCCUCUCUCCUCUUUUGGCUAGAUUUUUAGGGCAGCCUGUACGUUUGACACGGCAGAAAUGGGCUUUUUUUUUGUACUUCACAGUUUGAAAAGAGCGGCGGAUUUCUUUGAUCAUUGGGAAAGGAAUAGGGCAACCUUUUUUUUUUUUUUUCUUAUUUUUCUAUUUUACAGAAUAUCGUGGAGGCAUCUUGGUUACCGUUUCUCAUCGAUUUGCAGCAUUUUUAUUUCUUCGCAUUUUAUGAGCUAGUUUGAUAUUCAGCUACAUUGGGAAAUUGGGUUUUGGA